CAGAUAUCGAACACGACCUCGGCGCAAGAUUGAGCUUUCUCGCAGAAUCAAUUUGAUCAUGAUUGUGCGAAGUCAUUACACAUAGCAAUCUAGGCACUGGCCUCUCACGACGAUACAAUGACGGUCCUCCUCUCCUUCUUUUUCGGACUUUGCGCAGUGCUUGGGGUAAUCGGAUACACUCCUUUGUCAGACGAAACGCUUCGCAAUCUGCCAGCGGCCGGAGCAGACUUCGAUAUCAAGACUGGCUCCAUACUUGCUCCGAUUUUGAUCCCUCGAGUGCCUGGUACACCUGGGUCUUUGGCUGUACAGCAACAUUUUGUGAAUUGGUUCAGCACGAACCUCCCUAAAUGGAACGUAGAGUUCCAGAAUUCUACUUCGACGACUCCUGUGACUGGAGAGAGACAUGUUCCUUUUGCGAAUCUUAUAAUUACAAGGGAUCCGCCAUGGACAAAGCCUGGAGAUGUUGGAAGACUGGCGUUGGUCGCACAUUAUGAUUCGAAACUGUCUCCAGUUGGCUUCAUCGGAGCGACAGACAGUGCUGCGCCGUGUGCAAUGAUAAUGCAUGCUGCUCGAAGCGUUGAUGAAGCAUUGACGAAGAAAUGGGAAGCUAUGCAAGCAGAGGGUACGAACGGCUUGGACGAAGAAAAGGGUGUCCAGAUCCUGUUCCUCGAUGGUGAGGAAGCUUUCUUGAGCUGGACGGACUCAGACUCGCUUUAUGGAGCCAGAUCUCUGGCUGAGCAAUGGGACACCACACCUCACGCAGCAAUGUCAACAUAUCACACAGUCCUCAGCUCGAUCACCCUUUUCCUCCUUCUCGACUUACUGGGCACUGCGAAACCACGUAUACCAUCGUAUUUUAAAACCACACAUUGGGCAUAUCAGCAUUUAUCUGGUAUCGAAUCUCGGCUUCGUUCUCUAGGGAUUAUGCAGUCUGCAGCAGACGCCAACUUCCUGCCGGAGGCAGGUAAAACAGCAAACCAAUUCUACCAAGGAGGCAUACAAGAUGACCACAUUCCGUUCAUGGCGCGUGGAGUCGAAGUUCUCCAUAUCAUACCAUCGCCUUUCCCACACGUAUGGCAUACCUUGGCUGACGAUGGCGAGCAUUUGGAUGGUGCUACGGUGGAGGAUUGGGCCAGGAUGGUGACCGCUUUUGUGGGCGAGUGGAUGGAUCUAGAAGGCUAUUUCCCAACGCCGCCAAAAGCCUUACAUGAGCGACAAACUAUGACGGAAAGGAAGACUGAGCUGGGCGAUUAUAUAGUAUUAGCAUGAAUAUCCAAUUUCCAAAACAUGUCAAUCACCUUCCAUACCUGUACCGUGCCACUAUUCCGUUCACUACCAAGGCCGAAAACUCGAGCCCGUGUUCAGGAACCUCCCGUCCCGAAAUCGGGAGUUCCCUCGGGGGUGUUCGCCACCGGUUCGGCACGCCCAGCUCAAUUUCAAGCAACACGCCCAAAACAUGAAGAGAUUAUCGAUACUUUUACUCUUCAGCCCAAUCCCGUCUUUCUAUCUUUUGUUGCACGUCGUAGCCACCGGCUAUGCAACGGCUCGUCCGGUUCACAGUCCGGUCCUGCAUAGUUGGUGAUAUGCGGACGA